AUGAACACCAGAGUAUUCUCCCUCUGUAUGGGUAAAUCGCAAACACAGCAAUCGUACUCUUCUGACGGCUGUAGUAUCAACACCCAAACGCAGCAAUCGGAAUCUCCUGACCGCGGUAUUACCAACACCGAAAGGGAGCCAUCAAAAUCAUCUGACUGCGGUAUUACCAAGUCCCAAAGGGAGCCGUCGGAAUCGUCUGACCGCGGUAUUACCAAGUCCGAAAUGGAGCCGUCAGAAUCGUCUGACAGUGGUAUUACUGAAUUCCAAAGGCAGCCAUCGGAAUCGUCUGACCGUGGUAUUACGGAAUCCCAAAGGCAUCCAUCGGAAUCGUCUGACCGUGGUAUUACGGAAUCCAAAAGGCAUCCAUCGGAAUCAUCUGACCGCGGUAUUUCCAAGUCCGAAAGGGAGCCGUCGGAAUCGUCUGACCGUGGUAUUACGGAAUCCCAAAGGCUGCCAUCGGAAUCGUCUGACCGUGGUAUUACGGAAUCCCAAAGGCAGCCGUCGGAGUCGCCAGAUCUAGAUUACACCGAUCCCACGAAACCCGUCUGA